CCUGAGUCAGAGAGUGGGGGAGGGGACCUAUGAUUUGCAGCCAGGCCAAACAGAGUAGAAGAGGGAGCACCUGGUGACAGUAGAGCAGAGAGGGCACCACAGCUGGGGAUGCCAGAGAGUGGGACAAGGGGGUGUCCUAGGGAAGAGGGAAAUUGACCGGGAGAGCAGAGAGGGAGCAGACAUGGGAAGAAAGAGGCAGAAAUACAUGUGAUUGGGACAGUGAAAAGACUGGGGAGAAGGAGCAACAAAGGCUUAAAAAGUUCCGAGAGUAGAGCAUAACAGGUAAAGAGAAGCAGUAGAGGGAAGAAGGGGAGAAGGAGCAGGAGAGAAGAGGGGAACAAAAUGAGCCGAAGCCCAGGAGGAAGCACCAAGGAGAAAAGGAAAACAAGAGCAGAAGAGAGGAGGUGCAUGAGAAUGAGAGAUAUGUCCGGAGUGAGGGAGGGAAACACACAGUACUGAAGAAAGAGGGGACCCUGGCUGCAGAUGACUCUUGAGAUGAUUGGGUGUGGUGAUUAAGUUGUGACAUCGUUUCCUCUAUUUGUAAUCUAAUCACUUUAGCAUUUGUUGGCAGUACACAGAUGAAGUUCAGAAUUGCACAUCUCCUGUGUAUAAGGUUGGGGUAUUAAACCAUUCUGAGCAUCACAGGCUCCCUCCCACUUAUAGCCUGGAUUCAGCAAAGGGCGGUGACUUGACUCAUUCAGUUGUGGGUCAGUGUCAUCCUUUUUCCUAAGAUGGGAUAGGGAGUGGGGCAGUGUAUAAGAUACGAGAAAACGCAAAGUGUUUUUCCUACUCCCACAAUCAAUACAGUAGUGAGCACUCAACGCAGAAUACUUCUCCUCUGGUCAGUAAACUGUGUGUGGAUUACUCCUCAUCAGCAUCCAGUUCUCCAGCCAGCACCGACAGGGUGUUCUGUAAGAUAAGUCGGUUAUCACACUACCUGGAGAUAGGAUCCAAUCCAGAGAUGUAGGGCUCAGUUGCACAGAAGUGCCUCACAUCAGAUGCCAGUCCCAGAUCCCAAGUUGGGCCCUGUACUUCUCACUGAACUACUAUCAAAUUGGGUAUUUCAUGACCCUUUCUUCACAUUUUAUUAAUUCGAUACAGCUGUUCACAAACUCUGAGAAACAUUUUAGUUAUGUUUACUCAUUUGUUAUAAAGGGUAUUACAAGCAUAACACCCAGAAGUAAGAACAAUUAUCACAAAUUAAUAAAAACCGAGGAGGGGGUUUUGGAAAUCAUGACAUUUAUCUGCAUCAGAAUGGAGAGACAGUCUUUGGGACUUAGUCCUUAAGCUGUGAGAUCUGAUGGUAUGUACAGGUCUAUAGUAUCAAGAUUGAGUUAAAUUGUAGGGCAGCCAGGUGGAAGUGUCUCAGAGAACUGGCCACUUUGGGAAAAACGUCACACACAUUAGAGGAGGUAAAAUAUUCUGUGUUGAGUAAGAUUAGUUUUUUUCUAUGGGAAACAUUAAAGGGAAGACAUUUCCUCCCUCAGCACAAACUUUAAAAUCUUGGUUAUGUCACCUGUCUUUAAUUUUAACCUCGAAUUCUUCAUUUACCCCUUUGAAGCAAGCUUGCACAUUCCAUGAUCAUUUCUUUCUCAGACACAAGUGACCUUUGCAUUUCUAAAUCCACUUUUUAAUUUCCUGUCUUAAUCUUUCCUGUCUACAGCUUGUUGCAUAACUCAUCAUUCCUUUUUUUUUCUUCCGUUUGGGGACAUCUCUCUAAACUUUGAAAAUUACUUUGUUUUAGAUUUUUCUUGUCACCUUCAUGUCUUACCAGUUUCCUCUGCUGGUAUCUCCUAAACUGCAUUCUCUGAAUGUGGGAGUGUCCCAUCAUUUAGUUCUUGAACCUCUUGUCAUAUCUGUCUUUCCAUAUCAUCACAUCUGGUGGUUUAAACUCCUCUGACUUGUCUCCAUUUCCCUUGCAGUCCCCGCCCCUGAACUCCAGAGAGCUAGGCCCAGUUUUGUCCUUAACUUGGUGCUGGGACGUCUGUCAUCAUCUGCCUCUUCCUAUAUCCAAGAGGGACUUUCUGAGCUCUCCUAAACGCGUACCCCUGCAGUCCUCACAUCUCAGAUUGGGAGGACCCUGUAAUUCCUGGAGCUUAGUGGAAUUUCUUGUCAUAUAUUUAAGAUAUAUAGGACAAUUUUUGUAUGAAAUAAAGAAAAAAAUUGCGUGAUUACUUAAAAGAAGUGUGGAAAUACAUUGUCUUGAAAUUCUCUUGAGACGUGGGAGAAGUAAGUUUGCAGACCUGGGCCCUCCCUGCUGUGCUCCCCCAGGACCCUUCUGGCCUCAUCUCCUGCUUGUGUCGUCCUCGCUGGCCCUGCUCCAGCCACACAGGCCUCUUCCCUUUUCCACGGUUGCUCCUGCCUCAGGGUCUUCUCCUGGGCUGUCUCUCUGCCUAGAACUCUCUGCAUGUAAGAACCACUGGCUGCAUGUAAGAAGCACCCUUCCUUCCCCAGGUCUUUGUUCUGAUGUCACCUUCUCAGAGAGGACUUCUGUUAUCCCUGACCCCAUUUAACAUUCCAGCCACACCUUGACCCCCACCUGUGGUCCAUAUUGGCUGCUCUGCAAGUUUCUUCUUGGUCCUUCACCUUUCAGUGUGUGGACCCUGGUGACAACAAGUGGCAAAGAGAAGAGCAGAGUCAGAAGCAGGGAGGGAUCCUGGCCUUGCCCCUCUGAGUAGAGCUCACCCCGGCGUCACAUUAGGGUGCUGAGGCGUUUAGCAAAUACUUAUUUUGUCUCCUUACCAGAGAUUGCACUCCACAUAGUCAGGGUGGGCCCAGGCUGAAGAGUAUUUAGAGUUGAUGCGACUUUGUUUUCAUGGUAGAUAACCACCCGUCUGUGUCCUCCAUUUCCGAAGACUGAAAUCAGCCUGUGAUUCCUGGAGGGGGGAGGGGGACUGUGCUCUGCAUUGGGUUUGGUCAGGGCCAUAUCUGUGCCCAGCAGGGGAGCUCAGCUCAGCCCAGCCCAGCUCCCUGCUGCUGCAGCCUGAGUGUGGGCUUCACCAGGAGGGGAGCCAGUUCUGAUCAAAGGGGUCAUGGAUCCACCAGUUGAUCGUCACCUAUGAGUUUAUUGUCCCUGCAUCCCCCUUGGUGUAAUGGACAGGAAAGACCAUCUUUUUACAUGGGACGUCUUUUGCUCUUCAUGGAUUGUGGCACAGAGGGGGCGUGUGUUGAUUCUCAGCAUUGAACAGCAUAUUUUUGACAUUCAGGAUUGACUUUUAAAGAUUGAUGAUGGGUGAGGAAGAAUCCCAGAUCAGGAGGAAGAGGAAAGAAAAGGAGUCAGGAAUGGCUGUUACUCAGGGACAUUUGACAUUCAGGGAUGUGGCCAUAGUGUUCUCUCAGGAAGAGUGGAAGUGCCUGGACUCUGCUCAGAAGGCUUUAUACAGGGCCGUGAUGUUGGAGAACUACAGGAACCUGGUCUCCCUGGCAGGAAUCUUGCUUCCUGACCUGAGGGUUAUCUCUGUGUUGGAGGAAGGGGAAGAUCCCUGGACUAUGGACAGUGAAAUGAAAACACCAGGAAACUCAAAUGGGGGGGAGAGGAUCCCAGGUUUGCAUUCAGGGUGGAGCUGUGUCUUGGGAAAUGAUGGAGGAAACAAGCGUAUUAAGACUGAACUGGGAUUAAGCUUUCAGUUCCAUCUGCCUGAAAUGCAGCUAUUUCAAGCUGAAGGGAAAAUUUAUGAAUGUAAUGAAGUUGACAAGACUAUCAACCCUAUUACCUCACUUUCACCACUUGAAAACCUUACUCCUACACUGAAAACCCACAGAUUUAAUAAAUAUAAGAAUGAUUUUGUCAGUUCUCCCAUAGUUAGAGAAGAACAGAAAGCACACACUACAGAAGAACCUGACAGAGGUAAUGAGCACAGCAAAGCCUUUAGUGUUUCUUCAAGCCUUCCUAACCCUGGAGUAAUCCGUACUGGAAAGAAGCCUUUCAAAUGUAAAGAGUGUGGCAAGGCCUUCAGGCAAAAUUCAGACUUUCUGGAACAUUGGAGAAUCCAUAGUGGAGAGAAGCCAUACAGAUCCAGUGAGCCUGGUGAAGUCUUCACUGAAAAUAUACACCCAUCUCAACAUCAGACAAUUCAUACUCGAGAGAAACCUUACAAGUGUGAUGAGUGUGGCAGAGCAUUUAGUGUGCGUUCAACACUUACAACCCAUGUGCGAAUCCAUCAUACAGAUAAUCCUUUCAAAUGUGAUGAAUGUGGCAAGGUCCUUAGUUGUAAUUCAUCCUUUGCACGACAUCAGAGAAUUCAUAAUCGAGAGAAAUCUUACAAAUGUGAUGAAUGUGGCAAGGUCUUUAGUAGCAAUUCAUACCUCAGACGACAUCAGACAAUUCAUACUGGAAAGAAACCUUACCAGUGUAGUGAAUGUGGCAAGGCCUUUGUUUACAAAUCAUCCCUUAUUGAACAUGCACGUGUCCAUACUGGAGAGAGACCUUACAAAUGCACUGGGUGUGGCAAGGCAUUCCGUCAAAAAUCAAAACUUAGAAAUCAUCAGAUGAUCCAUUUGGGAGAGAAACCUUAUCAAUGUUAUGAAUGUGGCAAAAAAUUUAGUUUGCGUUCGAAUCUUCAUACACAUAAGUUUAUCCAUAAUGCAGAGAGAGAUUGCAAAUGUGAUCAAUGUGGCAAGGUCUUUACUUGCAAUUCGUACCUUAAACGACAUCAGAGAAUUCAUACUGGAGAGAAACCUUACAAAUGCAAUGAGUGUGGCAAGGCCUUUGUUUACAAUUCAUACCUUGUACAGCAUGCAAGUGUUCAUACCGGAGAGAAACCUUACAAAUGCAAUGAAUGUGGCAAGGUCUUCCGUCAAAAAUCACACCUUAAAAAUCAUUACACAAUCCAUUUUGGAGAGAAACCUUAUCAAUGUUAUGAAUGCGGCAAAAAAUUUAGUUUUCGUUCGAGGCUUCAUACACAUCAGGUUAUCCAUAAUGCAGAGAGACCUUACAAAUGCGAGUAUUGUGGCAAGGUUUUCAGGUACAAAUCAUCCCUACCAGCUCAUCUUAGAAGUCAUACUGGAGAGAAACCUUACAAGUGUAAUGAGUGCGGCAAGUGCUUCACACGCAAGAGAUCUCUUACAAUUCAUCAGGAAACACAUACUGGACAGAAACCUUACAAACAUAAUGAGUGUGACAGGGUCGUCUGUCAGAACACAAACCUUGAAGUUCACAGAAACCACACAGGACAGAAACCUUACAAAUGUAACGAAUAUUGCAAGGUCUUCUGUAGUGAUUCAAACGUUAUAAACCAUCACACAGUCCAUACAGGAGAGAAACCUUACAAGUGUGAUAAAUGUGACAAGGCCUAUAGACAAAAGGUACUCCUUACACGUCAUCAGCGAACUCAUACUGAAGAGAAACCUCACAAAUGUAAUGAAUGUGGCAAGACCUUCCGUGAGAAAUCAACCCUUAAAACUCAUUACAGAAUCCAUACUGGAGAAAAACCUUACAAAUGUAAUGAGUGUGGCAAGGCCUUCCGUGACAAAUCAAACCUUAAAACUCAUCACAAAAUCCAUAGUGGAGAGAAACCUUACAAAUGCAAUGAGUGUGGCAAGGCGUUCCGUGAAAAAUCAAAACUGAAAACUCAUCACAGAAUCCAUGCUGGAGAGAAACCGUACAAUUGCAAUGUAUGAGGUAAGGUUUUUAGUCACAUUUGAUGCCUUGCUGAGCAUCAUAGAAGUCAUUGGUGAGAGACUCUGCAGACUCCUUCAGGGUGCAAACUCUUCACCAUGAGUUCUAAAAGUAAUCAACAUCAGAGAGUCCAUACUAAACAGAAAUCAAAUACAUGCAGUGUAUGUGGCAGGGGCUUUAUCCAGGCCUCGCCACUCACUACAUAUCAAAAGGUACACCUUCAAUGAAACCAUACCAAUGAAAUGUGUAUUGUGAGGCUAAUACCCAAGGAACAUUACUGUGGACGAUCUGAGGAUGUAUAGAAGAAAUAAGUCCCUAGUUCUCUGCUAUUAAUCUAUGAUAUUACCUGGUGGGAUAAAUCAAAAUACAUUGACCCUCAUGACACGAUACAUAUCAAAGAUGCAAGGACAUGUGGACACGGUCAGUUAUAUUAGUUUAUAUUAUAUUUAAUUAUUUGAUGUUCUUUCAGAAGGCUACUUUAUGCUUUAUGACUUUCAUCCUGAACUUUGAAAUCUCUUUACAUGCCUUCCUUGCCAGCAUUUUGCUGUGGUGUGUAGGAAAGAA